AUGGCGCAGAAUACACAAGGCAACAAGCCCAAGUGGAAGGUCGGGUCUUUUUUACAACAGGCUGUCGCGGGUGUGGAAUCGAGACUCGACCAGAUAUUAGCGGAGGAGGAGGAUCAGAAACAAGUACAAGCGAAGAAUAUUGCUACAAAACCGAAGCCGGCGGAGCAAACCGGAAGUAUGGUCCAUUCUGUCCUUUACCUUUCCCGCAGCUCAUCCAAUGCUCGAAAGAAUGACCGGCUUCAAGAGCGCCUAGCUCGAGCAAUGGUGAAGAACUCGCCGGGUCCUCUCGCCACGCAAAGCUCCAGUCGGAACUCAUCACCCGUUACUAGUCCGGUCCCCAGCAACGGCGCCCGAUCUAGCAUGGACAUCGAUUCCAGCCUCGGAUCACCAGCUGUGGAUCCAGGGAGGCACUCGCGAAGCUCGAGUCGGGUUGAGGAUGCCUCGGUUGCAGCGGAGUCGCGUGACAGCUACGAUUCGGGCCUCCCACGAGGGUCAAACGACAUUAGCAGGCUAUCAACUGAAAGCGCAUUGCCUCCGCAUGCGCUUACGGAGAAUGGUGAUCAUGUCGCCCAGGACCCUACCCUUGAGGAGGCACAACCGUCUGCAGACGAAUCGAGACUCUCUGCGCCUACAACAUCGCUUUCUCCGACGGAGCCUGCUGAGGAGACUAGCAAUGAUUUAUCGAACGGUCAGGGGAAAACUGUCGGCGAUAUGCAACCCGAGGACAAAAUCGCUGAAUCUCAACGGCAAGAAGAGGUAUACGGCUACAUCGAGCGGAUCGAUGCACUGCAGUCGAAGCUCAAAUACCUUGCGAAAGAGGCUGCUGAAUCCGCCAAGCAGGCCGCGACAGCAGCGGAACCUGGCAGCGUAGAAAGACAGCUAAGGGAAAAGGACGAAAAGAUAGCCCUUCUUCUCGAAGAAGGUCAAAAGCUGUCCAAGACGGAAAUGGAUCAUCGAACGGCUAUCAAGAAGCUGAGGCAGCAGUUGAUGGAGAAUGCGAAAGCGCAAACUGAAGUUAAGAAAAAGACAGAAAAACUCGAGCGAGAUCUUGCUAGCGCAGAAACUCGAGCCAAACGAGCAGAAGCCGCCGAGAAGAGAGCCAAUGAUUCUCUCUCGACACAGACCAAGACAUCACAAGAUCUCGAAGCGGUGACUGCAGAACGGAACGCUCUGAGUCAAACUGUACAGGAAAUGAAGGGACAGCUUGCACGAGCCCUCGCUCGAGCGGAAGCAGUUGAAGCUAAGGCACAGUCCGAGGCACUUGAACAGGAAAAGCGCCGCGCCUCUCAGUUGGAGGAGGACCUUUCUAGCGUCAAAAUAGAAAGAGAUAUCAGCGAAGGGAAGCUGAGGCGUGAAAUAAGUGAUCUGCAGACUACCAUUGAGCAGGAGAAAGAGCGCGCUCGCAUGCUUGAAGUAGAACUCAAGGGUGAGCAGUCGAUGCUCGAAAGUAAGAUGGAGUCCCUUCGCUUUCGAGCCGAAGAAGCUUCGACUGGAGUGGCUGGCGAUACUCAGGUCAAAUUGCUCCGUCAGAUCGAGACCCUUCAGACUCAGUACGCCGUAGCUAGCGAGAAUUGGCAGACAUUAGAGGGUUCGUUGCUUGCUCGGUUGGCGAAUGUUGAAAAGGAGCGGGAUGAAGCCGCACGGCGCGAGAGCGAGAUGCGACGGAAGAUCCGUGAGAUGAAUUUGAAAGCAAAACGAAUCGAAGAAGAGCUCGAGACCGCGAAAGAGACUGAGCACGAUCUUGAGAGUAAAUUCGAGGAGGCAACUGAAGAGAUCAAAAAGCUGGAACAGAAACUCAAAAAAGCCACUGAGGAUCUGGGCUUAGCUCAUAAAGAUUUUGCGGAGCAGCAGAAAGUGAUCGAUGCCACAUGGACACAGAAGCUCGAGGAUGAGCGUGCGAAAUUGCGUGAGCAGAUGUCUCCGUCGCCGGUCUUCUUGCAACAGCCCCGAACGCAGUCUCCAGUGGCGUACAGUCGCCGGCCUAGUGCUCUAGAACCCAUCGGAACGUUGUCCGAUUAUCGACCAAGCAGUCGACGUCCAUCGACGUUGCCAACGUCGCCCGACAUGGGCAAUCUCUCACGCCAGAACUCAUUUCCCUUGUCCACUCAGUCCAUUCUCUCGCCCUCAACUGCAACCAGCUCGAUACAUCUCCCCAUUCCGGAGACGCCCUCAAUCAAUUAUGAGCAUGAUGAGCUCUUCAGUCGCUCUGCCACCCCCUCCGCAUAUGGCGGAGCACCCACGCAGCACUCGCGCGGCAUUAACGAUAUCAUCUCAGAGUCCACAGUUGGCGCAGGACCCUCAGUGCAGUUGGUCGAGCGCAUGAGUGCCACCGUCCGCCGGCUCGAGAGCGAACGCGCCGCAUCGAAGGACGAGCUUUCUCGGAUUACCGCGCAGCGUGACGAAGCCCGACAACAGGUCGUGGAUCUAAUGCGCGAAGUUGAGACGAAGCAAACUUCUGAUACACGCGUGCACGAGCUUGAACAGCGGUUUGAUGAACUUGACCAGCGGUACCAGACCACCUUAGAAAUGCUGGGAGAAAAGAGCGAGCAGGUGGAGGAGUUAGAGGCAGAUAUCGCCGAUCUCAAGAAGAUUUACCGCGAGUUGGUCGACAGUACGAUGAAAUGAGGCUAUUGUCUCUAUGCACGCCGCCCUUUUUUACUACUGAGAUCUUUCCCUUUGUACAUAGAGAGUCUUUGCUCCGGGCUAGAUCGCUCUAGACGAUGUUAUGUGAUGCAUGUCCGCUUGUUAAAAAGAAUUAUUGAAACAGUCUUGGGUCUGGAAAAGACUCCGGGUAUCCAGUCUAAUUAUUUAUUGAGAA